AUGCCGCCGCCUCAGAAGAAGCGCUGGGAGUCCAUGGCCAAGGGGCUGGUGCUGGGCGCGCUCUUCACCAGCUUCCUGCUGCUGCUGUACUCGUACGCGGUCCCCCCACUGCACCCCGACCUGCCGUCCACGACCCCGGAGGGCACCCCAUCCUGCUCCCCGGCCCCGGAUGAGUCUGAGACGACGGCGGCGGCCACCAACGGCUCCUGGUCCGCCAACGGCUCCUCCCCGGGAGGCUGCCGGCCGCGGCGGGACAUCGUGUUCAUGAAGACGCACAAGACGGCCAGCAGCACGCUGCUCAACAUCCUCUUCCGCUUCGGCCAGAAGCACGGGCUCAAGUUCGCCUUCCCGAGCGGCCGCAACGACUUCGCCUACCCGGCCUUCUUCGCGCGCCGCCUGGUGCAGGGCUACCGGCCGGGCGCCUGCUUCAACAUCAUCUGCAACCACAUGCGCUUCCACUACGACGAGGUGCGCGGGCUGGUGGCGCCGGGCGCCGCCUUCAUCACGGUGCUGCGCGACCCGGCGCGCCUGUUCGAGUCCUCCUUCCACUACUUCGGCUCGGUGGUGCCGUCCACGUGGCGGCGGCUGCGGGGCCGCGCGGACAAGCUGGCCGCCUUCCUGCGGGAGCCCCACCGCUACUACGACCCGCGCGGCCUCAACGCGCACUACCUGCGCAACCUGCUCUUCUUCGACCUGGGCUACGACAGCGGCCUGGACCCGCGCAGCCCGCGCGUGCAGGAGCACAUCCUGGAGGUGGAGCGCCGCUUCCACCUCGUGCUGCUGCAGGAGUACUUCGACGAGUCCCUCGUGCUGCUCAAGGAGCUGCUGUGCUGGCAGCUGGAGGACGUGCUCUACUUCCGCCUCAACGCGCGCCGCGCCCCGGCCGCGCCGCGCCUCUCGGCCGAGCUCUACCGCCGCGCCACCGCCUGGAACGUGCUGGACGCGCGCCUCUACCGCCACUUCAACGCCAGCUUCUGGCGCCGCGUGGACGCCUUCGGCCGCGAGCGCAUGCGCCGCGAGGUGGCCGCCCUGCGCCGCGCCAACGAGCGCAUGCGCCGCAUCUGCAUCGACGGCGGCCGCGCCGUGGACGCCGCCGCCAUCCGCGACGCCGCCCUGCAGCCCUGGCAGCCGCUCGGCGCCAAGUCCAUCCUGGGCUACAACCUCAAGCAGAGCAUCGGCCGGCGCCACGCGCAGCUCUGCCGCCGCAUGCUCACGCCCGAGAUCCAGUACCUCAUGGACCUCGGCGUCAACCUGUGGGUCACCAGGCUCUGGAAGGCCGUGCGCGACUUCCUGCAGUGGUGA